AUGGUCGUAGCUAUAGUUAUUUCAUUACCAAGUGGUUCAUUCAAAUCACCAGCUGAAGCAGCUGAAUUUUAUUUAGAUAAAUUAGAAAAAGGUGGUGCAAAAAAGACUCGUCCAUUUCAAGUUGAUCUAGUCAGCUAUACUCCAUUAAUACCAAAUUCUAAAGUCGUUCAUGUAUUAUCACAUUCUGAAUAUCCUGCAUCAUCAUUUGCUUAUGCUGAACAAUCAAAUUGUCAAAUGCUUGUUGCCGAUAAUACAUUUAUUGCUUUAAUGAAUAAAUUAAAAACAUUACGUGCAUUUGAAAUACGUUUACAAAAAAUGGAAGCAAGAGGUACACGUUUAGAAUAUCAAGAUUUUCUUAUUAAUCUUGGAACUGUUAAUCAAUCACAAACAACAAAAGGAUUAAUUCUUGAAGUUGCUUAUGUUCCAAUGGAUGAAACUCGUGAUGGUUAUUGUUUAAUUCAAGAAUUUUUACAAUCAUUUCUUAAUAUGACAAAACAAACAAUACAAAGAUUAAUAACAGAUCAAUUAAGUAAUUGGUUACGAUCAUUGAAGGAUAAAAAAGAUUCAGAAUAUACACCAUCUAUAACUUUAUUACAAUAUCUCGAUAUACUUCUUGCUAUGAGAAAUAAACCCAAUGAAUAA